AUGGUGGAAGUGGAGAAAAUGUCGGACGCCGAGUUGCGCGCCGAAUUGAGCGUUCGCGGCGAAAAUGUGGGUCCGGUGACGGGCACGACGCGCUCGUUGUACGAGAAAAAGCUCAAGAAGCUGAUCGCUGCCGGCGGAAAGGUAAAAUACCGAAAAAUUGGGGGAAAAUCGAGCUUUUCACUAGAAAAUAUAUAUUCGUAAAAAUGGUUUACCAGACCGAAAAACCUCUGAAAAACUGUACAAAUAUCACAAAAAUUGCAAUUUUCCAGACGCCAGUGCGCCCGGCGGCCUCGAAACCGGCUUCUUCGUCGUCGGUCAAGCCGAAACUGACGGCGCCGUCGAAACCGCCCGUCGUCACGAAGCCCAAGACUCCGGACACCUCGCGCCGAUCGAUUCCACGUGGCAACACGACCGUCAACUCGACGUUCAAUCGAUCGGAAGCGGAGGAUUCGGACGGGAACGAGGAAGAAGAAGAAGAAGAGGAAGAGGAGCCGAUUCUGUCGCCCAAGAGCCGCUCCAAACUCAGCUCGAGCUACGUGAGCAUUUCCCGUGGCCGUGCGGUCUCCUCGACGCCCACAAAAGUGAGCCCAAAGACGCCGACUCCGCCGAAAUCCGCCAGACUUCCGCAGGCAACCUCCGCGUCCAAGGUUGGUUUUGAACACAUUUUUUACAUUGAAAAAUCGGGAGAAAUUCUAAUUUUUUACAGACGUCGACGACGAUCCAAACGACGACGAGACUGCCGACGACGCCGCGCACGCCGCUCAACUCGUCGGUGAACGUGCCGGUUCCGAACCUGAUCACGGACUUCACGCCCAGCUUCUCGACGUUCGAUCGUCCCGGGGCCACUCCGCCGCGCAACCGGCUCAGCGUCUAUCAGUCGUCGCGCAAAGUUCUCGACGAUUUGGGCAAUACGACCGGCGAGGAGGACUACGAGGACGACAGCGGCGUCGAGAGCUCCAGAAUCAUCUACCAGUCUUCCGGUAAGGCAUUUUUUUUCAGAAUUUUCUACAUUUUUCCAAAAUUUGUCAGAAAUUUAAAUUUUUGCAGAACCGCAGAGAGGACUGGUUAAAUCGGCGUGGAACAAGGUGCUCGGCUACGGCUUCGCGGCCUCCAAGACUCCGGGGGAGAGCUACGACCUGCGCGCGGGCUCCUCGCGGUUCCACGUGCGGAAGAACGCGCGGACGGGACGCGUGACUGUCCGGCAGUCGAACGUGUUCCUCGAUUCGCUCUGGCUCGCCCUCUACGCAGUCUCCAUCACCGCGCUCGUCCUCCUCGUAGCCUACUUCAUCACCAGUUUCGGAUCGAACGAAAAGGCGUCCAUCUCCGGAUAUUGGGCCGUUCUGAAGGGCGCCGUUCGUGAUUCCGUCCAGUUCUUCUACAAUUACGCUAUUCUUCCCAUCGUCACAGUCGCUCUCGGUACGGCACAGUUUCUGCGAUUUUUAGAGCAUUUUUACCGUUCUCUAUCAUUAUUGUGGCUGUCAGGGCUGGGAAAAUUUCGGCCCAGGCUUUUCGAAGGCUUUUUGAGGCCUGUACUUUUACCCUCUUGCAAUCCUCUCGAAAAGCCCUGCCCAGACUUGAGAAAUUUUGAACAUUUUUUAAUGAAAAUCGCUCCUGUUUUCAGUGGUCCUUCUCGGCGUGGGCCUCUUUUUCGGACACCGCAAGUACAAAGAGACGAAGGAGGUUGAGGAGGCGAAGCUGUACGCACUGAUCGAACGGAUCAUCGAGCUGAUCAAGGAGUCGUCGGCCGACGGAGAGCCCUACGUCUCGCAGCCGCACGUCAGAGACGUCAUGUUCCCUCCCGCCAAAAGGUACAUUUGAAAAAGAAAUGCUGUAAUCGCAAAUCGAAUCAGCAUUUUCUUAAACAUUUUCAGAUUCUCUGGAAAAUUAUUUGCACAAUACACGUUUCCAUUCUUUUUUUGCAGACGUUCGGCGGAGAUGGCGCGCUGGGAGUCGGCGGUCAAGUUCAUCGACCAGAACGAAUCGCGCGUGGCCACCGAAGUUCACGUUUUGGCCUCUGGAAACGAGUGCGCCGUCUGGAAGUGGAUCGGAAAUCAGUCGCAGAAGCGCGUCUGGUAG